GUGAAGCAGAUUAUGGAGGAAGCUGUCACCAGGAAGUUUGUCCACGAAGACAGCAGCCACAUUGUGUCCUUUUGUGCUGCAGUGGAGGCGUGUGUUCUGCAUGGGCUGAAAAGGCGAGCGGCGGGAUUUCUGCGCAGCAACAAGAUAGCGGCGCUCUUCAUGAAGGUGGGGAAAAGCUUCCCACCAGCUGAGGAGCUUUGCAGGAAGGCCCAAGAGCUGGAGCAAAUCAUGGAGACAAAACGAAGCCAAAGCUUGCAAAGUCAAGACGGUCUGCGGAAGCUGCCUCGGCUGCCCAGCCUCAACCCGCCGGGAGUCAAGAACCUGUGGAUCAGGACAGCUCUGUUCGAGAAAGUGCUGGAUAAGAUUGUCCUCUUCCUGGUGGAGAACAGCAGUAAAUACUAUGAGAAAGAAGCUUUCCUCAUGGACCCUGUGGAUGGACCUAUUCUGGCAUCAUUGUUGGUUGGACCGUGUGCUUUGGAGUACACCAAGAUGAAAACGGCCGAUCACUUCUGGACGGACCCGUCUGCUGAUGAGCUGGUUCAGAGGCAUCGCAUCCACAGUGGCCUCUGCAGACAGGAUUCCCCCACCAAGAGACCUGCGUUGUGUAUCCAGAAGCGACAUUCCAGCAGCAGCAUGGAUGAGCGGCCUUCCCCUUCCCCGUCAGCUCGUGAAUAUGUGGAGUCUCUGCACCAGAACAACAGGGCUACGCUGCUUUUCGGCAAGAACAACGUGCUCGUACAACCGAGGGAUGAUAUGGAGGCUAUCCCAGGUUAUCUCUCCUUGCAUCAGACGGCUGACAUCAUGACGCUGAAGUGGACGCCCAAUCAGCUCAUGAACGGUUCUGUUGGAGACUUGGACUACGAACGCAGCGUGUACUGGGACUACGCCAUGACUAUUCCUUUUGAAGAGAUUGUUUAUUUGCACUGUCAUCAACAAGUGGACAGUGGGGGGACGGUGGUGCUGGUCAGCCAGGACGGCAUCCAGAGACCUCCACUUCGCUUCCCCAGAGGAGGCCACUUGCUCCAGUUCCUGUCCUGCCUGGAGAACGGCCUGCUUCCCCACGGUCAGCUGGACCCUCCGCUCUGGUCCCAGAGGGGAAAGGGAAAGGUAUUUCCUAAACUGAAGAAGCGGGUACCUCCCGGAUCCAGCUCCUCGGACUCCGUCUCAGACAAAGAAGAGGACGAGGCCACAGACUACGUCUUCCGCAUCAUUUUCCCAAACAGCCAGUCGGAAUUCGCGACUCCUCCGGAUCUGAUGGAUCAGGGAGCAGCGAUGUGGCACCCCACUCUCAGGAAGUCGUCGUGUUCCUCCUGCUCUCAGGGGAGCUUCUCUGAUGGCGUCGUGCACAAGGGGUGCAACCACGAGAGGACWCCUCUGAAGCUGCUGUGUGACAACAUGAAAUAUCAGAUCAUCUCCAGAGCGUUUUACGGAUGGCUGGCCUACUGCCGUCACCUGUCCACCGUGCGGACGCACCUCUCCGCCCUCGUCAAUCACACCAUCGUGGCGCCAAACGCGCCCUGCGACGCUUCUGAGGGGCUCACUGCAGUCGUGUGGCAGACGUUCCUCCAGGACUCCACAACCUACAAGGAGCAGGAGCUGCUCCGGUUGGUCUACUUUGGUGGUGUGGAGCCCUCCUUGCGUAAAGAGGUGUGGCCCUUCUUGCUGGGUCAUUACCAGAUUGGGAUGUCUGAGGCCGAGAGGAAUGAGGUGGAUGAGGAAAUGCAGGUUUCCUACCAGCAGACGAUGGAUGAGUGGCUGGGCUGUGAGGAGAUCGUCCGUCAGCGAGAGAAGGAGCAGCACGCCGCGGCUUUGGCCAAGUGCUCCUCCGGGGCGAGCAUGGACAGCUCCAGUCAGAGGAUGACCCAUCACGACUCCACUGUGAGCAACGAGUCCCAGUCGUCUCAGAGCUCUGAUAGACAGAGUCUGGCUCACCUGCAGAGUGAUUCCAGCAGCAGCACACAGGUGUUUGAGUCCGUGGAGGAGGUGGACCAGAUCGAGGCAGAGUCCAAGUGCGAAGAGGCCAAGCAGGUGCCAAAGGUGCCCAACGGAGCCCUGCAGAACGAGACGAGCUCUCCGGACUCUGGGCAUCCUUCCUCGAGGAACUUCUCUAUCACCUCCGGCUUGUCGGACGGCUCCUUCAGCACAGAGGACAGCGCCAUGGCUGACGCAACCCAGAGAUCCGUGGCGGCGCCUCAGGCUCCACAGAGUUUGGAGAAACCCACAGAGGGAGACAGUGAAGCCCCGACCAUCGAGAGCCAGGAGACAAAAGAUGAGAAGGGCAAAGGGGAGGAGGAGAAGGCCUUUGUUGUGAGCAAAAGUGCAGCAAGCGCGAAUGCCGAGGGGAUUUUUGAAAUGAUGGUCAAAGAAGGAGCAAAUCUGCAGCCUGAACCACAAGAAAACAUUGAGUCAGAAACAAGCUCACAUGAGAAUACUAAAAAGACUUCUGAGUCACCGAAAACUGGAAAAGACUGGACUGAUGGGAAAACUGUGACAGUGACAGCAGCUGCAGCACAAUCCAAAGAAGAACACGUCAAACAAAGUCCUCACAAAAAAGUGGUAGCGAAGAAAGAUCCCAAGCCUGAAGACAAAAACAAUAAGACGAUGAAGGAAAUGGACAAAUCAAAGACAAGUUCAGCGAUUUCGCAAGAAAGUUUCACAGCCCCCAAAGCUCCUGGAGAGGAAAAGAAUCGCACCUUUUCAGCAGAAGCCCGAGUCACGAGAUCCGGAGGAGUCCACCCUCGGAAAGAAGAGGCUCAGGUCACAACGGACUCCGACGAGUCCCCCUCAGCCAUAGAGAUGGAGGAAAUCCCCAAAGCUAAAGUCUCCAUGGUUCCCUGGGGCCGGAAGAGACAGUGUGAGACGCCGUCCUUUUCUGAGGAGCCUCACUUGGAGCUCAGGCAGGAGGAGGACAAGCUGAGUCCAGAGGGCACUGAGUCCAUCCUGUCAGAGCCGGAGAUGGAGAGCCUUUACCCUCCGUUAGACUCGUUGGCUGCAGAUGAAAACACAAAGAGCGAGGACUCAGCUGGGGGCCCUUACUCUCAAGAGUUGUUGGAUUUAUACACACUGAACCUGCACCGCAUCGACAAGGACGUCCAGCGCUGCGACAGAAACUACUGGUACUUCACCCCGGCCAACCUGGAGAAGCUGCGCAACAUCAUGUGCAGCUACAUCUGGAGGCACCUCGACAUCGGAUACGUCCAGGGAAUGUGUGACCUGCUGGCCCCGCUUCUCGUCAUCCUGGAUGACGAGGCCAAGGCCUUCAGCUGCUUCAGCAAACUCAUGAAGAGAAUGAAUCAGAACUUUCCACACGGGGGGGCCAUGGACACUCACUUUGCAAACAUGCGCUCUCUAAUCCAGAUUCUGGAUUCUGAGCUGUUUGAGUUAAUGCACCAGAACGGAGACUACACCCACUUCUACUUCUGCUACCGCUGGUUUCUCCUGGACUUCAAACGAGAGCUGGUGUACGAUGACGUGUUUGCCGUCUGGGAAACCAUCUGGGCAGCCAAGCACGUCUCCUCCAGUCACUUUGUCCUCUUCAUCGCCCUGGCGCUGGUGGAGAUGUACAGAGACAUCAUCCUGGAGAAUAACAUGGACUUUACAGACAUCAUUAAGUUCUUUAAUGAAAUGGCCGAGCGCCACAACAUCAAACAGACUCUGACCCUGGCCAGAGACCUGGUGUGCAAGGUGCAGAUGCUGAUCGAGAACAAGUGAUCUGUGUCCUCUCAUCCUUCCAUGUCAAAUGUAACUGGCUGUAGUAGCACAAGAGUAAAGUACACACGCAUCAACACACUCCCACUACACAAAGCCUUUUACAGUCCCAGUUUGCUGCUAUGAGCCUUACUGCCUGCGUCCUCUGUGGUGUCURCUGUGUCCGCGAGAGGAGAAAAAUCCGAGCGCACUUAAUAUUUGAAGAAGUUCUGGUUGCACAAUUCAAGCCAAAACCCACUGAAUUCAAACAGAGGCUAUAUUUAUUAGAAAGAUAGAUUAUUUUAAUAUCCUACUAGUUAAAAAAGUUAUUUAUCUUCCUCUACCUGCCCCCUGAUGACUGAAAGGGGGGGGGGGGGGGGUGAAUACGUCACCAGAUUUUUUUUAAAAUGUUCUUCAACAUCAUAGGAAUCAAAUUCAGUUUCCCACAGGCUGAAUAUAAAACCCACACUCCAAGUACUUUUAACACUCCAAAUWUGGAAUAAUUAAUUGUGUUUUUAUUGAUUUAACAACCAACAGUGUUCAUGAACUGCUUUGUCUGCCAAAAAGUACGGUAUGUCUCCUAUAUAAAUUGUUGUGUCCUCAGAGGAAAAAGUGUUCAGAUUAUGUUGUAUAUUUAUAACCCUAAUCCUGUCUGGGCUGUAAUUCUACAAAAAAAUAAAAUUUAACUAAAUAAAAAAAAAAUAAUUUAAAGAAGCUUAAUUUCAUAAUGUUUGCAAGAUGUUUUGCAUCAUGAAGUGAACUUCUGUAUGAUUUGUAAUUAGUGCUGCUUACUCACCUUUGACUUUGUCUCGUAUUGUCUGGUGCCUGCUUGUUAAACUAAUACACAACGGUUAGUGGUGUCCCUAUACCAGCCUAAAACACUUGUACUUAUAAGAAACACCCUGAUACUAAGGACCGAUACCAGUUUUAUGCUUGGUCACAUCAUUAUCUCUUCCACUUUGCAAGUAACUGAUUGCAAAAAAAUGAAAAAAGUUUGUAAUUUGGAGACAUGUGAAGAUAAACACAGGUGAUGUUUGCUAUGUUCUUAGUAAAAGAUGUGUUUUUGAAAUUGUUGUGUAAUGUUAAAGUACUUACUUAUUAACUACUUGGUAUUGGUACUCAGUAGCAAACUGAAGUACUUGUACUGGUUUUGGAAGAAAAAAAAAA